CAGAUGUGGAUGACAUGCGUUUGCCUCUCCACAAUUUUCUUCCUGGUUGAGAUUCAGUGUUAUUUUCCUUUGUGGGAAAACAAAAGUUCGAGCCCCCAUGGAACAAACCCAAAACACAUUGGCAUGGUUUUUGACCACGGUGUUGUUUUUCUCCACCACUGGGACACUCACUGAUGCCGAGUGUCACUGUGACACCACUACUGCCUGUGCCGUGUUCCCCUCUACUCCCUGUAACCAGGUCGGUGAUCCAGACAGAUGUCAGGAAGGAUGGUUCGGUACCUAUUGCCAAAGACGAAAUGUUGCUUUGGGAAGAACUGCCACACAGAGCAGUACAUACAGUGUACCCACUGACGGGACAGGGAAUAUAACACACCUUUUCGAGGCCAGGUACGCCGUGGAUGGCAGAGCUACCACCGACUUCCAUAGUAAACCACUGACAUGUACACAUACCAACAGUGGAGACCAAACAUGGACUGUGUACCUGAACAACUCAAACACAGACAAGAUACAACACAUCAAGCUGUAUCUACGUCAGGACUACCAAGACCGAAACAAUGGUAUGAAGAUAUAUGUUGGUGGACAGUUGUGCUUCCAGUGGUCAAGGAAUACCCAUCCGGCAGCUGUAGCUGAUGUCAAAUGUCAACAAGCACUGGCAGGAAACAACCUCACCAUACAGACAAACAGUUUUCUCACGUUGUGCGAGGUACAGAUAUUUGUUUGCAGUGACGGCUGGUUUGGCGAGGAAUGUGACAAACAGUGUCACUGUUCACUAAACACAGAAGUAUGUGACAAGAUCACUGGACAGUGUAUGAGUGGAUGUGCUCCAGGAUACAUAGGGACGGACUGCCAAACAGGUACAGCGUGUUCAGACGGUUACUAUGGAGACUGCACCUCCAAGUGUGGAAACUGCCUCAAUGCUGACUAUUGUGACAAGACAACAGGCAUCUGUCCUGGUGGUUGUGCAACAGGGUGGCGAACUGACACCUGUCUUCAACCGUGUCAGGACGGUUACUAUGGAGACUGCACUUCAAAGUGUGGAAACUGCUUCAACGCUGCCUUUUGUGACAAGUCUACAGGCAUCUGUCCUUUAGGUUGUGCAGCAGGGUGGCACACUGACACUUGUCUUCAACCAUGCCCAGAUGGACGUUAUGGUGCCAAGUGUGCGUCUCCGUGUGGUCACUGUCUGGACACUGAUGCCUGUGACAAGGGGACAGGGAAAUGUCCUAGAGGAUGUCAGCCAGGAUGGUGGCCAGAUCUCUGUUCACAAGCUUGCAGUGAUGAUCGUCAUGGACACCACUGUCAGUCUGAGUGUGGCCAAUGUAAAGGAAACCUGCCUUGUAACAAGAUCAAUGGAACAUGUCAUCAAGGAUGUCUGCCAGGCUUUCAAGAACCAUUUUGUAAAGAGUGCGUUGACGGAAUGUACGGUGAUGACUGCAUGUCACGAUGUGGUCAGUGUAAAGACGGCCUAACGUGUGAUAAGUCCAGUGGCGAAUGUCCUGGAGGAUGUCAGGGUAACUUCAUGAAGCCACUGUGUCAAGGUUGUGCAGCAGGAUGCUCAAACCAGGUAGUGCCAGUUGCAGCAACACUUGGGACACUUCUUGUGUUGUCUCUCGUCGCUCUGCUGACAGCCAUCGUUUACAUCAGAAGACUGAAGAUUCAACUGGAUGCCUCAAAAAUGAAACCCGAAGAUAACUACAUAUCCCUAGACGAGAGGACAAGGGAUCCAGUUGUGGAGAACACAUAUGAACACAUUGACAAUACCAAUCCUUAUGUUAAUGCAGUGGAAGUCCGUCAGGGCCGCAUUUGAACUGAAUAGUUGCAUAAAGCGUCCUGUCUAUAUAGAGUAGUCUUUUAUUACGUUAAUAGUUCUGAGUGUGGACAAACGUUACGGUAAUUUCUCAAGUGAGGUCACUUAUUACUUAACAACUGAACAACAUCAAGACAUGUUCUGACGUCAAUAACAGCAUAAUAGCAUGAUUCAUGUUUUGUAAAAACGGCAAAUUAGCCAAUCAUUUGAGUCCUUCCUUUAGCAGUUAUUCCUUCGCUGAUCAUGACGACUUUGAAGAACCCAAGGUCACCUCAAUGCAUUUUGCAUGGAAUUGGUGAAGAUCCCUCUUCCAUGUCUUGUUGUCUACCGCUAGUGUAUUCCCCAUCUCUGGCGACACCAACUUUGAGUUGUGCCAUCAAGAUAAUCGGUCGGCCUGUUCGAGAGCCAUUUCGAAAUAGGAGCACCAAGGGUAGAUAACACUAUAUGGAUGGGAAACUUCUUUAUUACAGUGAGAGCGACGUGUCGGACACUGACUGACUGACUGAGUUUGGUUUUACGCCGCUUUUAGCAAUAUUCCAGCAACAUCACGGCGGGGACACCAGAAAUGGGCUUAACACAUUGUGCCCAUGUGGGGAUUCGAACCCGGGUCUUCGGCGUGACGAGCCAACGCUUUAACCAUUAGGCUACCCCACCGCCCCGUCGGACACUGAACUGACAUACAACCUUACUGUGUGAGGCACCGAAUUCAAAUAUUCAUAGGACUCGCAAUCUGUCAUUUUCCUUUAUGUGUAACCUGGUCACAUUUAACCAAACAUACCAAAUAUGGGGUUGUCAGCACACGUUCGAAUACAGGAUAUAAUAGAUUUCGUAGAUAUUAUCUGACAUAUUUCUUCUUGAAUAACUAGCUGCUGUUUAAGCAUUUGCUUGAAGCCAGUAGAUGUAAGUUUGAUCUCGGCAUGUGAGGCUAAGUCUUGGUGUUACGACAUGAGGGUUGAAAAUUGUUAAUGUUACGUUUAGUAUGUUCACUGAAAUACAACAUAUAGCUAUACAUUAUAGUGUGUGACCUUUUGUAGACAAUAAAAAUUCUCACCCGAAUAAUCUGGCGGUUGAAGCGACUGGUUGUCACCCUGAAGAUGUCUGAUUUCCAGCAUGGUGUAAAGUCAAUUCGUAGUGUUCCCUCAAUAUGAAAUUUUGUUUGAUAAUUGCAUAAAGCAUGUUACCUUAACAGUGUUCCAGCACCUAAAUAUCCCUAAAUCGUUUUAAAAUUAUAUAUACGAGAACAAUAAUAUCCAGUACGACGCUCCAACAGUUCCAUAUAUACCCAACGUUUAGACAUGCAUGUACAUGUUUGUAUAUGUUCAUUAUACUUACCUCCGGGAGGCGCUAUGUUGGAACAAAACAGUAGCAAGGUCACAUGCAUUGCGUAAUAAUAAAUCACGAUAAGUAAUCUGUCACCUGUUGUAUUACUUUUUUCCUGUUCCUUGGUAUUGUUUCAUAUAAAUCAUAUACAUGUAUUUCUAAGUGCACGUGUUAUAUUUUGUAAUAUAUAUGCAUCCAUGGGCUUACCACGCUGUUGUUUACCAUGACUCUUCAUGCUGGUCACUGACCAUGACCACGGAGAUGCGUAGUAUAGAUGUUGAAUUCCUGUACUCAUAUAAUCUAUCAUUAUCAUUGUAUCACUAUUGUCAUUCUCAUGAAUUUACUAUCUGAAAUAAAUUUAAUUUGAUAGCGGUUA